GCGCGGCCGUUGUGUCCGGGCUGUGCCUUCUCCUCCGCCGCCAUGGAGACCAUGACCUUCCCCCGCUACAGCCCCGACGAAAUCAUCGACUCCCUCCGCACGUACGUCCUGACGGGCGCCGAGGGCCGAAACCUGGUCAAGAGCGACCUGUUCGGCACCCCCAAGCUUGACGUUUUACACCUGAUUUACAUGAGAAUCCUGCAGAAGGUGUAUGCAAUCAACAUGGAGCACUUCUACGUGAUGCCAGUCGACGUUGACAUAAUGUAUCCACAGAUAUAUGAUGGCUUUCUACCUGUCUGCAAUUUGUAUAUUCACAUGGAGCACUUGCUGCCGGUGUGCCGGAUUAAUGAUUUCCAAAUUGCUGAUAUUUUAAACCCAAAAACAAAGAGGACUGUUCGCUUCUUGAGUGGCAUCCUUAACUUUGUAAACUUCAGAGAAUUCCGGCGUCAGGUCUACUUGGAGUUACAACUGAACUAUAAAACAGUUCUGGAGAAACACCAGCAACUGGAGGCUGCGAAUCGUGAGGCAGCCAUGAAGCUGGAGAAACUGAACACCGUUCCAGCUGAACAUCAAGAAGAGGUCAAGCAGCUGACAGAGAGCAUUCGGGACCUGGAGCACCUGCUAAGGCAAGACUAUCGCCGCAAACAGACAGCUCUGCAAGAAGUGAUUUCACAAAAGAAGAUGGAUAUUGCUGAGAGUACCCGAAAACUGAAUGACCUUAAAGUGGCUAUGGCUACUUUGAAAGAAGAACAAGAGCAGCUGAAAUCAAAAAUUGUGGAGAGUCCAGAGGAACUGAAAAAUUACAAAGAACAGAUGAAAGAGACUGUUAAGAAACUGAAGAAAUCCAAGGAAGAAAUUACUCAGAAAUAUGAGAGUUAUAGAGACUUAGUUGAGAUUCUGCCAUCAUGCCAACUGGAGGUGCAGUUAUACAAAAAGAAGAUGGAAAGACAAGGAGCAAAUGUGGAGAGACUGGCCAGUGUAUUAUCAGAGGUCAGAAAUAUUGAGGACCGGAGUGACAGUGCUCAGAUAGAGCUGAAAAGGGUGAAGACAGAUGAAAUGUCCCUAAAGAGACUGGUCACUGCAAAACGCGAGGCGCUGGCUACGAUUGAGCUAAAGAUGCAAAAGAAGCAUGAAGAUGCUGAGCAGCACAAGUGCACUGUGCUUGAAUAUUGUAACAAAGUCCAGGAGAAGAGGGGUGCUGUAUAUGAUAAAGUGAUGGCCAUUCACAAGGAAAUCCAACAGACGAGGUACAAAAUUGAGGAGAUGAAGGAGAAUGCUGGCCAAGAAGCAAUGAAAGCCAAGGAAAUACACCUAAGUUUGAAGGUUGCAUUGGAAAAGUGUCAUGAAUCUCUCAUUAAGACAGCAAAGAGUUUCGAAGCCUCAAGAAAAGAGAGAAUUGCUGAACUAAAGACAGGGCUGCUUAGCAUUCAGUCUCCUGGAAGUAGUCACUAAGCCUGUCUGCACUUGUGUUCCACUUCCAUUAUGUUUGUCCUUGUACCUGAACUCAAGAGCUUGUGCUUUGCAUGGGGUGGAUACUGAUUCCAGGCAAAAGCCAGCUUUCUCAAAAACCCAUGUCAGAACACGUUUAGCUUUGUAGGCAGAUCCUGAUGUCAUGAGCUCACUAACAUGGAUAGGAAAACACUCAGUUUCUAUUGUUUCAGUCAGUACCUGGUUUUAGUGGUAAUAUUGCAAUUCUUGCUAACCCCAAAUUGCUCAAGACUUUGGACAGAAUCCUGAUUUUUGUAGAAACUGUUCUGUAAGCUUUGCUCUGGGAAGACCUGGUGCCUUGGUCUGGCCUGAAGGUAUGGACUGUUCAAGAUAAGUCAGUAACAGGUGGUAUUCCACUACCAUUACUCAAUUAAGAUGAAAUCCUGACAGAGCAGUAGCAUCCAUGUAGAUGCCAAGUUGCUCUCAUGACAAAUAUUGGUAACUGUAAACACACAGGAGUAUCAUUUUAGUUUACAGUACAGUCUCACUCAAUUCCUGAACUUAUUUCUGCUCUGUGGGGUAUUGAACCCCCAUCUGUGUUUAUUAAAAUGUCUAUGUUAGGGUUCUUAAUUCUCUUAAAAAUUUUAGAUUGAUAUUUUGUACCUUAAGUUGUGAUGGCACCCAGUGUGCCACAGUGGUUUUAAUUAUUUUUAAACAUGUUCCUUUUUACAAUAGUUGAUAAAAGAAUAUUUAAUCCUU